CUGCCAUGUGAGUAUUCUAGUGGUGUCGGCGUUUUCCCUGACUAUCAAGAUUUCUGGAAGUAUCUUUUGAAAUCUCUGUCUGUUUUAUUUACGAUCUUCAGUCAUUGUGAAUGGCGUCCAGGAAUGCAACAAAGAUAUCAAGCACUCUGACGAGAAAAACACAGUCUUUUACGGAAAAUGUUUGGCCACCCAACAAUUGUACACCACUGUGCCCUGGGUCAGCAGGAUGCUCAUACUCUGGCAAGCAUCAUGAGUUGAUCUUAUCACUUUUCAAAUGUUCAAAUCAGGGCAAUGGCAUUGAAAAAUCUGACUUCAAAAACGUUCUGGAUAAGUUUAUUAAAACAAGGUGGAUUCGUGAUGAUUGCAUCCCAGAUAAAAGUGAAGAACUCCAUUUUCCAUUAGUACACUGGGCAUGCAUUUUUGGACGAUACAAACUCUUGGAGUAUCUCAUUAGAGAGAAAGGCUUUAAGCUCACGGUUACCGUCGGAAGGAAUAAGGAGGGGCCACUGUUUUCGAUGGUUCGGCAUCUAAGUAAUGGUAUGCCUCCUAAGAGCUCCAAAGAAAAGCUCGGAAAUAUGUUUGGAAGCGUUAUAGAUAUCUUCAUGAAGUACAGCCCAGAAGGCUUGUUUGAGAGAGAAUCCAGUAACGACAAUACCAUAUUGCAUUUCUGUGCCGAACGGUGUUGUGAAGAUCCGCCUUCUAGAAAAUAUUUGGAAGUCCUCUUGGUAAAGAUCAAGGAGAGUGACAAGUUUCCACCUGAGAAAGAAGAAGAAUUAUUGUCAGCAGUAAACAACAAAGGUGAUACUUUCCUUCAUCUUAUGGUAUCAGAUGAAAUGUCCACUGACAUUUUGACUAACUUUUUUGCGAAUUUUAGUAAAGUUAGUGAGAAGAUUUCUAUAGCCAGAAACAGUCUUGGUAAGUGCCCUCGUCAGAUUGCUGUAGAGAAAAGGUCUGUUAAAGUACUAAAGACUCUUGGGGCACCGGAUGUGGUGAUGAACAGUUUAAAAAAGGCCUUGAUUGUCCCCAGUAAACCAAAGAACUCUCUUGCCGUAGCUAAGGAAACUCCAAAAACUGUGGCUAAACCCUCCUCGAGUUCAAAUGGCACAUCUAGCGAUAGAGAGAAUCGAAACUCUAAAUCAGCUCUCAAUCAUUUGGGUUCAGCUGUUAAAGGUGCAACAGGAGUGUCAUUUGCAGAACAACCCGAAGUGCCAAUCAUUACUGAUGCACAAUUACAGGUUGCAGAUUUCAAAAUGUGUUCAUGUGAACCUGUGCCAUCUUCUGUGGAGAACGAUUGCAGUACGCCAACCAGAAGGCCACUCAAGCCAUUUCCUCAGCGUUAUCCUGUUCCAAAUGGAAAAAGUACAACACCACAAAAGCCCUUUGAUGUUCCUAAGAACAUCGUGUUACCCUCUACCGAGUCGAUAGAUAUGGUUGAUGCUGUCACUGUUGUUGAUUUGUCUUGUGUAUCUGAUGUACAAGAAGCCGAUCCCACUCGUGACGAGUACAGCGUGUUUGUCAGUCUUUCAAACAGCAUAAGAAAUUGCGCCCAAAAGAGAACAGCUCCAGGAUCCAGCAGGGCAAAGGGUCCCAAAAGGAAGAAAGUGCGUACUGAUUUGUCGUCAGAUUCAAACAGCGAUGAUGAGGAAGGUGCAGGCUGGGUAGCCCUUGACGAUGACUCAGAUGAUGACGUGGAGUCUGCUGGCGAAGAAGACGACGAAGACGAGGAUGAAGAAGAUAUGGAGGUGAAAAUCAUUGAAGGUGAUGACGUUAAACGGGGAGAAAAGGAAGGGAAAAGCCCAGUGGAAACUGAUUUAGAUUUGGAGGAUGCAGUGCUGAAGCAUACGCCGUUUUGCGGGAAGAACUGUGAUGUACAGCACGAUAGGCUCCUUCUUGCUCUCUUGAAAUCCUCUAAUCACCGUCCCGUCGACUCCUUCAUAACACAAGUCAAAGAAUACGUUAAUCAAUUGGGAAAGUUUUCGGACGUCUGGGCCAAUGCUGACCUACCCGACCCGGUAAAUUCCUUCAAGUACCCCUUGGUGCACUGGGUCUGCGUAUUGGGCAAAUUUAAAGUGUUAGAGAAGCUAGCAGCCAUGAAGGAAUUUGAUCUAGGUGUUCAAUCUACACGCACUGGGGAAACAGGAUUGCAUCGAAUGCUUCUCUCUCUUCAGCAAGCCAUAGUUCGAAGGAAAAGCCCAACUAAGGCAGUACUAGAAGUGUUUUCCAAGACGUUGAGAGUAUUAACCGACAAUCUGCCUGGUAUAAUAACUGUUUGUAACAAAGAGGGAGAUUCACCGUUUCACUGCUUGGCGAAGGUGAUACUCGAUAGUGUGGGAGAGCUGGAGAGAAUGAACACAUUCGAAGGUUAUUUUGAACAUUUAGUGAAAGAGUUAAACCGUUUGAGGAGAUCUGAGAAGUUGGCGUCAGAGGAUGUGCGAGAGCUUCUUUUGAAAACUAACAAUAGUCGAGAAAACUUCCUGCAUAUUUUAGCCUGUCGACACGGAGUUGGUCAUCGUGUUAUAAAGAGCGUAUUGAGGAACAUCGAACCAGACAUUAUGGCCGCCCUACAGGCAGCUGUAAAUGCAGAUGGCAAAACUCCUUCGGAUCUCGCUGAGGAUCUUUGCUCUUACGAAAUGGCAGAAAUACUCCGCCCUCUUGACCAGGAGACGUCCACUAAGGAGGCCCACCCCGUGCAGGAGUUACCACCGACACCAGAAAGAAAUGCCCUACCAGAAUUAUCAGCCAUGAACUCACCACCAGCUGCCCUUUUUCAUUCCACGGAGAACUCUUUGAGCAUCAGUGUUCAAGUUCCAGUAAAGGAGGAGCUUAUAGAAGACGGCUUUUUGGUGGAACCUUCAGAAAAAAGCUCCAAUAACGUUAAUGACUCUUCUGGUCCUUCUGAAGUGCAGGCCGAUGUCCCUUCACUCACUGCCGUCAAAUGUUUGCCUGGAACAGUAAAGAGUACGAUCCCUUCUUUCUGUUCGCCCGCAAAACAAGACGUGGAUACUAGGGCUUCCUCGUCAGUCAAUGGUAGAACGGAAAACAUUGUUACAGUGGCUUCCGACUCCGACGCAAACAGUCAGCCUAAGAACAACAACAUGGAUUCCUCUAUUUUGUCAGUCAUCAUGAGGAUGCCAGGCGUAGUGAAAUCCUUGCGCGACUCUGUACAAACGAAGUUGACCCAGUCUCAGAGAGAAUUAGCAGAUAAAGAGUACUCUUUGGCUCAAGUGCAUCAGCGAAAAAGCGAUUUGGAGAAACGUAAACAAAAGCUCUUGAAAGAACUCGAGGAAACUUGGAAAGAAGUCAAUGCUGCUGCUCAAGAAGAAGGUGUGUUGCAGGCCGAAAUUGCUGCGAGGAAAAAAGAUAUAGAGGCAUUCAAAGUCGAGUUGACGAAGUACGAGUCCAAAAGACAAUGAUGUAAAUGAGUGUUAUUACACUUCUAUUUAACACGAGGAAGCUUUUAUCCCGGGAGUGGAGUAGAAAUUCCUUAGAGGUCUCUAAGGUGUGUGAGCGGGGAAACUUGGAACGGGACUAGUUGAGUUUUAAGAUUUUAACCACUAAGUUUGAAGUUUGCCUCUCGGCGAAAAGCAAUUUUCCUCUGUUCGGGCUGUUUACUGAUUGCAAGCCAAGUAGUUUAGUUUAUCAUAGUAAAUUAACGAAAGAACCAGUUAAAAUGUAAAUUUAGAGAGACCAGAUUAAGAUAAUUUUUGGUAAUUUUUGUUUGUAUUUGAAGAUUGUGAGAUUUAGA